AUGGAAAUGGGUCCCAAGUCUUCUGCUGCAUGCCUGACUGUAUUUCUCUUGUCAGUCUUUUUCAGGAAACUCUUCUUCUUGCAAAUGGUAGGACUGGUACUAACCUACAACUUCACUGACUGCAAUAUUUUAAAGAUUAAAAUGGAUUAUCAGAACAUCAUUGAUAAAGUCCUGAAGGAAUACAUAAAUAAGAGCAAGAGCUGGAAGUUCUACCAGCCCCCGAGCUGUGAGGACCCGCCCGGCUGCCUGCGCCUGAUCCAGCGCCUGACCUUCACCCCCGCCGGCGGCUGCGAGUCCCUGGCCCACGGAGCGCUGGCUGCGAGCACCAGGGCUUCUCUCUCCAACAACUGCCCCGGCUACGCGGGCGCGCAGAUAAGUAAUACCCAAACAAAGAAGAAAAGAGAAGUCACAGGAAAGUGCCUGGAACAGUUCUCAUACUUAGUGCAAACCUGGCGUCGUUUCAGCCGGUGUUCCUCUCAACGCAGAAACAAAUCCUGAUGUUAACUAUAUUCUUCCCUGCCCCGCCCCUCAAAAAAACAAGCAUCUUUAUUAGGAAGAUGGAACAUUAGUUUAACUGUGACAUGUAAAAGACCACAAAUAGCUAUUUUUAAAUUACAGAGGGUAUUUUAAAAUUUAUUUUUGUAAGCCUUUGUUUAAAGUAAGUUUUAGAGGUAAAACUUACUACAUUCUAGAGCAUUCUCUCCCAAUUGUGGAUGCCCGCCCUGGCUUGUGGCAGUAAUUCCCAGUUUAGAUUCAUAAGUCUUAUUUUCAGGGAAGAGUCCAAAAUACAGUAAGAAGAAAAAAGAAUGUUGUCUUUGUUUCUAAAGAGUACAUAAGAGUAUUUCAAAAGCAGGCAUUUGUUCACUUGUUCCAACUCUUCUAGCUUUUUCAUAAUGAAAUUUAACAAGGAGGAAACUAAAAGCAAAGGGUCAAAAAUAUGCAAAACAGUCUACAUAGUGAAGUAACGACAUAAUUUUAAGCAAUAUAUUGGAAAGUAUUUUAAGUCAUAUUUUGUGUAAGAGGAGUGACACAUGCAGCCAGACCGAGUUAAAGUACCAUUGUAAAUGCUGAAAUACGUGUAUUUUUGCAUUUGUCAAAUAUAUUCUUA